AUGGAAAUCGUCAAAAGUACAAAGGUGGAGGAGGAGUACACCAUCAAGCCGCAGGCCGUGACACCUUCAGUUGACACGAGCUCGUGGCCCCUUCUCCUCAAGAACUACGACAAGCUGCUUGUCCGAACCGGUCACUUCACACCGAUCCCUAAUGGCUGCUCCCCUCUGAAGCGGGACAUCAAGUCCUACAUCAGCUCUGGCGUUAUCAACCUGGACAAGCCAUCGAACCCUUCCAGUCACGAAGUUGUAUCCUGGGUGAAGCGUAUUCUUCGUGCCGAAAAGACUGGCCACAGCGGUACCCUCGAUCCCAAGGUUACUGGCUGCCUGAUUGUCUGCAUCGACCGCGCCACCCGUCUCGUCAAGUCCCAGCAGGGUGCGGGAAAGGAGUACGUCUGCGUGAUUCGCCUUCACGACAAGUUGCCUGGUGGCCAGGCUCAGCUCGCCCGCGCACUCGAGACCCUGACUGGCGCCUUGUUCCAGCGUCCUCCUUUGAUCUCGGCUGUCAAGCGUCAGCUUCGUAUCCGGACCAUCCACGAGAGCAAACUGAUCGAGUUUGACAAUGAGCGCCACUUGGGCGUGUUCUGGGUCAGUUGCGAGGCCGGUACCUACAUUCGAACUCUUUGCGUGCAUCUUGGUCUUCUUCUCGGCGUUGGCGCCCACAUGCAGGAACUGCGUCGUGUCCGCAGUGGUGCCAUGGACGAGACCAAGCAGCUGGUUACCUUGCACGAUGUGCUUGAUGCCCAGUGGACCAUGGACAACACUCGUGACGAGUCAUAUCUGCGCAAGGUCAUUGCUCCCCUUGAGACUCUGUUGACCUCUUACAAACGAAUUGUCGUCAAGGACAGCGCUGUGAAUGCUGUCUGCUACGGGGCCAAGCUGAUGCUUCCCGGUCUUUUGAGAUAUGAGGCUGGUAUUGAGCACCACGAAGAGGUUGUUCUCAUGACCACCAAGGGUGAGGCUAUCGCUCUUGGUAUUGCGCAGAUGUCUACGGUCGAGAUGUCUACAUGCGAUCACGGAGUUGUCGCCAAGGUCAAGAGAUGUAUCAUGGAGCGCGACCUGUAUCCUCGUCGCUGGGGUCUUGGUCCUGUCGCUCAGGAAAAGAAGAAGCUCAGGGCUGACGGCAAGCUGGACAAGUUUGGGCGCACCAACGACAAUACUCCUGCCACGUGGACGGCCGAGUACAAGGACUACGGCGCAGCGGAUACGUCUGCCGCUGCGGCGGCGGCGGCCCCGACGCCCGUGAAGAAGGUGACGGUAGAGACCAAGAUGGAGGUUUCCGCGCCUGGCACCGAAGACGGCGACAAAAAGAAGAGAAAGAAGCACGAGGGCGAGACUCCGGAUGAGAAGGCUGAGCGCAAGCGAAGAAAGGCAGAGAAGAAGGCGGCCAAGGCGGCCAAGAAGACUCCCAAGGGGGAAACGGCUUCCGACGGCGACAGCGAUUGA